AGCAGUGUCUCAGAGUGUUUUUCUAGUUUGUGCAGGGCCAGACUGCUCUGUCUGGGCAGGUGAUUACAGAACCAUUAGCCACACCCACAACCUGUAACCACCAUGAUGUGUGGACAAGCACAUACACACAUACUGUACACAAACGUUGAAGCGCUUGCACACACAUACAAACAGAGAGGGAAAGAGAGAGAGGAAAACAGAGGAAAGGAAAAAGCAUUUAAGAGAAAGGGAGGAACAGCUGAAAAAGGUGGAGAAAUGGGAGGGAAUAAGGGUGGUGCUACUCCAAGAGUUAGAAGUGUGCGUGUGCAACUUUCAGUUGUUUGCUUUUGACUUGAAAUGUAACAGAGGCUUUGCUGAACACUACGAAGGACUCUGAAUGGAAUGGAUUUAAGAAACUGUAAUUUACUGAAACUACAGGGUGCUAGAAACCACCCGCAUCCAUGAAGGAUAUACACUUACUUUCCCUUUGCUGCAGGCAGACACUGGAGUAAGGUGAACCAGCACUGGAAGCUAGCUGUGCCUCAUACUUAAUGUUGCCUUUGUUCAGAGUUCCUGCAUAGGACGUCACUGGAGAACCAGAAGCUGAGUCUUAUGGGGGAGGUGUCCUACCUGAAACUAAAGCUGGCAGACAUGGAGGGAAAACAGAGCCAUGGGGCUGAAAGGCAGCACAAAGCAGAGACAGUAGUGAAUUUCAUUAGUGAGCUGCAGGAGCAGAUGUGUAGGUUUCAGGAGGAGAUCAAUAGCAAGAUUCAGGAGAAAAAGGCUUUGGAGAUCCCAUCUGAGAGCAGCUCUCCUGUGGCCUGCCCCGCGGAGUCCACUGGGGGCGAGGGAUCAAACCCCGGGACGUCUUGUGACCGAAUCUCAGAAGGGAUGAACAAACUAGAAGAGGCUCCAGAUGGGCCUGAUGGGAACACUCACACCCUGGAAGAGGGUAGCUCAAGGCAGCUGAACCACUGUGGAGAAGAAAGUGGCCUACUGAAAGAGCUCAGGAUUCUCAAGGACAAAGUGGAGAAUCUGGAGGAUCAGAAGUUACAGUUUGAGAAGAAACUCCAAUCAACAAAGGCAGAGAUCAGCAGCCUUCAGCAGCUUCUGCUCAGUAAGAACUCUGAGAUCGAGAGCUUGCACACUCAGCUGCUGGCCAGACCCUUUCUAUCCUCUGAGAGCCCGGAGAGAGAUCAGGAGCUGCAGAAGCUAAGGAGUGGAAUGAAAUCACUGGUGACUGCCAAUGAUGAAAAGGACCGACGCAUUGAAGAGCUCUCUCUGCUCCUGAAUCAGUGCAGGCAAUUCAGAGAGGUCCCUCACACCACACAGCAAGCUCCACCUGCUGUUCAGUCAUUGUCAAAUGGCAGGACUCCGUCAAGCAGCAGUGAGGAAGAGGAGCAUGUACUGAUGAAGAAUAGUACAGACUCUGCCAGUGUAAAAUCUGUGGAUGUAAAGUCUGAGGUUUCCACAAGCAGUUCUUCCUCUCGACAAACAUCUGUAUCAUCCGCCCAGAAGGACAGUGAUUCCAGAACAGACCCGGCAACCUUAUCAAGUAGCAUGAAUGACCUAAAAAUUGGACCUUUACAAAAGAAUGGUCUGGAUGACACCAGAAGUCAGACGCUGCCUGUGAAUUCCUCUCUGUCAGAGCAGAACGGGAGCGGAGACAGCAGCAGUGAAAUCCAAAGUCAAAGGUCUCCAGAUGGGAGCGAAGAUGGAGACUCCAGCCAAAGAAAGUUGGAGAAAGUUGAUGACAGCAGUUCGAGCGAUAAUUCUCCUGUUCAUUCUGCAGAGAACACACAACCUGGCCUAAGAGCUGUAGGCUCACCAGAAUACAUGAAGAAUAACAGGAGCUUAAAGAGGCUCUGGGGAAAACUUCGGAGAACCCAGUCAGGAGGCCUGCAGGCAGCCGAUUCAGACGGCGGCCAGUUUAGAAGAGGGGGUCUGCGUGCCACAGCAGGACCCAGACUGACCAGGACCCCCGAGUCUUAUGACCCAGCACGUGAUCUGAAUAUUCCAUUCAGCCAGUGGACCAAGGAACAGGUGUGCGGUUGGCUGGAGGACUAUGGACUGGGCCAGUAUGUUAAUCUCACCCGACAGUGGGUCGAACAUGGACAGACACUGCUGUCUGCCACACCGCAGGACUUUGAGAAGGAGAUGGGUAUGAAGAAUCCGCUGCACAGGAAGAAGUUACAUCUCGCUCUCAAGGCCUUCACCACAAAGGUCAUAGAGAAAUCUUCAGAGCUGGACUACAUCUGGGUCACACGCUGGUUGGAUGAUAUAGGUUUGCCUCAGUAUAAAGACCACUUCCAUGAAGCCCGCGUGGAUGGUCGAAUGAUACAAUACCUCACAGUGAACGACCUCUUGACUCUGAAGGUCACCAGCCAGCUUCAUCAUCUCAGUAUUAAAUGUGCCAUCCAUGUACUUCAUGUCAACAAGUUCAACCCCCACUGUCUUCGACGUAGGCCAGGGGAAGAGAAAAAUCCCUCUCCCUCAGAGGUGGUGCAGUGGUCAAACCACCGUGUGAUGGAGUGGCUGAGAGCAGUAGAUCUAGCCGAGUAUGCCCCUAAUCUACGAGGCAGCGGCGUACAUGGAGGGCUUAUUAUACUCGAGCCUCGCUUCAGCUCAGAGACUUUGGCACUGCUGUUGAAUAUUCCUCCACAGAAGACUUUGCUCCGUCGCCACCUCGCCACUGCCUUUGCUGCCCUGGUGGGGCAUCAGGCCACGCAGGAGAAACGAGAGUAUGGCAAUGCCACAGGCCAUGUACCCCUCACUACCACUGCUAAAGUAAAGCCCAAGAAGCUGGGAUUCACCCAAUUCAGUCACCUCAGGAAAAGGAAACCUGAUGAAUCUGCGGACUAUAUCUGCCCAAUAGACAGUGGGGCUCGGACAGUCAACGGGGUUUCUCGCCUGCCCUCUUCAGCACUCAGGGGCCUCAGCCCCACCUUGGACAGACAGGCUGAGAGGCAGGAGCGGCUGGGGAUAAAAGCUCAGGCUAAUGGCCUUAAAGAAUAAUUUAAAAUACAGCACACUCCCCUCUCACUCACUAAGUGACUUUGUAAAUCAGUGGAAAUCUGAUGCAGAAAUGUACCUGAGAUUAAUCCAUGUGAUGACUUGCUGGAUUGGCUGCAAAAAGCAGUGUUGUUAAUAAAUUGUGCGAAUAGUUUUAUGAAAGCUGCUCUCUGCAUUCCUUAUACCGUUGGACUCCAAAGCUUUUACUUUGAUUUAAAAUAAUGCUUUUUCCUGUCCAUUUUGUAUGGUAUCUUCUGCAGAUUUACAUGUAUAACGUUUUCUUGUUAUAGACUGCACAAGGUAUUUGCUGACCCCAGUUACUUUAAGAAUGUCUCUUGUUCAUAUUCUGUAAGACUGACACAAUGUUUUUCUCACGCAUUACUCUUGUGCACCUUUAAAUGUGUUUUCUUUGUAAAGGAUUCUCAUAUGCAACAUUAUUUCAUACAAUCAUAUGCUGUAGUGUAGUAUAAUAAACAUGAGGUUGACAGUU